GCGCAGGUAUGAAUUAAUGAGAUGGAGAGGGUUUCGGCGUGUCGGCGCGUUGUUUUUGCUUCUCGUUCGCACUCGGGUGUUAGGUCGGCCGUCUCGCCGGCGCGAGGCGGCGGUAACUCCGCGACGGGGAAUCCAGAGUCGUAGAGCCUCAUACGCGGGUCAUAAACGAUUCGCGGCCAUACUAGAGGUGCACGCGCGAGCAUCGAUCCGAGCGCCGGCGAUACACGCGCGCCGCGUCGCGAGCGAUGAGUUCCAAGUUCAUCAUCGAUAGCAUGCUCCCUAAGUACCACCAGCAGUUCCAUCACCAGAACCUAUUCGCGGGCGCCGGGGCGUCGCCUAUCGAGGCGUCGUUGUCUUCGUCGUUGUCCUCGUCGCUGUCGACGUCGCUGUCAUCGUCACUGUCGGGCGGGCUGGGAGUGGCGCCGCUGGGAGCCGGCUCUCCGGGCGCCGGGAGCCCGCAGCGCUCGUCCUCUUCAUCAUCAGCUUCGCCGGGGGCGCCGGCCAGGAUGUACCCUUACGUAUCGCACCACCAGCAGUUCGGAGGCUCGGUGCCGUUCCCCACGGGCGGACUCUCCGCGGACGAUAAGAGUUGUCGGUACCCUACUGCCGUGGGUGUGGGUGGUGAUCCGAUGGUGAACUACGCGCUGGGGCAGCACAACGGCGGCGCUGCCGUGUCUGCGGCAUCAGCCAGCAUGGCGGCUGCUGCUCAGUUCUAUCACCAAGCCGCGGCUUCCGCAGCAUCAGCGGCCUCGGCAGCCUCCGUGGACGCCAUGGGAGCAGCCUGCUCGCAACCCUCGGCACAGCCUCUGCCCGAUAUACCACGCUAUCCCUGGAUGUCCAUCACUGAUUUUCCAUUUCCAGAUUGGAUGAGCCCCUUCGACCGCGUGGUUUGCGGUGAGUUCAAUGGCCCCAACGGUUGUCCUAGACGUCGUGGUAGACAGACGUACACAAGGUUCCAGACACUUGAACUAGAAAAGGAAUUCCAUUUUAACCAUUAUCUGACGCGCAGACGCAGGAUAGAAAUUGCGCAUGCGCUCUGUCUUACAGAAAGGCAAAUCAAAAUUUGGUUCCAAAAUCGCCGCAUGAAGUUAAAGAAAGAGCUUCGUGCGGUAAAAGAAAUCAAUGAGCAAGCACGAAGGGAGAGAGAAGAGCAGGAUAGAAUGAAACAGCAACAACAAGAGAAACAGGCAAAGUUGGAAAGCCAACAUCAUGGACACCAUGUGACACAUCACCAUGAUCCCAUGAAGAUGCCCAUUGACAAAGGCUCCAGUGACAUCCUCAAAGUGAACAAAGUGCCGACGUAAGGCGCUUCUGCACCGAGUUGCAAUAUCCGGACUGACAUUGUAUCAUAAAUAGUGUGAUGGUUGGAUGUGUUUCGUCAAAGGACCUCGGUUGAUCGUUAGUCGAUGUAUCCAGUACUUUAUGAUUUGCGGCUAAUUAGUAAAGUGUUUCUUAUCGUGGAGGCAUUGUAGUCUUUUUAUUAAUGUUCCUUUAGUGCGAAGGACUUGCCUCGGUGUCAUUCGCCCGUGAACAGGCUGGUGAUGUGCUUUAAGCAUUUAUUUUGUUGCCAUAACCACACCAUGUAUUGCAAUAAUAUUUUUACUAAUUUACAAAGGUGUUAGAAUCGUUCUAAGUUUUACACGCUCGAGUGAGUUUCGGUAUUGUUAGUUAAGAUUUUGAAUCUGUGAAUCUCAUAGUAUUUAUUACUACAUUUAACUCUAAUUCAUUAUGUUAUUUCUUUUUAUUAUAGAUUAUUAUAUUAUGUACAUUAUUAUGUAUAGUUUUUGCCGGUCUUGGCGGUACAGUUACGUUUAGACUUUCGCAGAUAAACGCGUCUGUACUUAUAUAAAAUUUUGUUGAAUUUUGUCAGUUGAUUUCAAAGUUUUUUAUGUUGUGACUCAUUUCAAUUGGUUAAGUUCAAUUUAUUGUUUUUACAUCAUUUAUGUUGAUAAUUUUUAUACUUAUAAUAUAUAUUUUUAAAUUUUAUACAAAAAAAUUAAAUUCAUAAGCAACGUUAAACGUAUGAAAUAUAACGAAAUACGUAUCAAAGUACAAUUCCAUUAAGUAUGUCGUCUGAAGAAUUCUGUUUUACGAAUUUUAGAAAUAUCAAUAUUUUUUUAAUAUAAUUAAAAACCUGAGUCCAAAUAACUGGUUUCGGUAGAGAAUUCAACUUAAUGUCCAAAUCUAAUCAACAGUUCAAAAUUAUAUACGUAACAUGAUACAUAUAAUAAACAAUAUUGUGACUAAAAUAUUUUAGGGAUAGAAUAAGUGUAAAAUAUUCCUAAAUUAAGAUAAUCAAUUAAGAUGUCCUAUCUAUACUUAAGAGUCAUAUUCGCUUGAUGGUUGUGGGGUAGAAGAUACAUGUCCACAAUCAACAAUAAUUAACGACAUUCACAAAACGCUUCUCUGUAACCUAUCUCUAUUUAGAUAAAGCUUCUGCAAAUAAUUUCGAACGUUCUAGAAUAUUGAUUUGCUUAAACAAUAUUGUGCCAAAUACGUAAGUUUCUUCCUACCUUUAAUACCUACAAAUGUGCAUUAUACGCUUACUAAAAGCGUGAAAUCCGAACAAAAUUUAGUGAUAAAUUAGAUAUUAUUGUCACCAUUAUACGUAAAUUACGUCAGGGUAGUGUUAAUGAAAAAUUAAUAUUAAACAAAUGUAUCCAAUCAAAUCUAUCGCUUCAAAAUAUAAUCAUCUAACUGUCCACUCGUAAUACACCAGAAAUAGGUUUAUAUCUUUGUGGAGUUAGCAAAUACAUUCUAUAGUUGUAAGAUUCAAGUACAUUUAAAAUAUUCCAAGCCAUUUCGUAUAUAAAUGAAUAUUUAGUGUACCAUUUCAUUUAUGGAAUUAAAACUAUCGAUCUAAAUGUGCAAUAAUUAAUAUAUUCGUUGUUGUCAUAUUAUCUCGUGUGAUGAAACUCGUAGACAAUGAUUCCAUCUGUCAACAGUUAGCCGAACAAAAUGUACUUAAAUAAUUUCGGUGUAUAUGUAGGUCACGGACUAGUAAAAAAAUAAGGACUUCGUGUCACCUUACAUAACAGUGUAGCACCAAAACAAGCCGAUUAACGUGUAAAUACAUAGCCCCACGCACACACUUACACUACUACAGGCCGAUAGGCGGCCAUUGUGAGAAUUGUCAUCGUCUGUGACAGAUAUGUUUGCGUCUCAAUAAAAUAUUUUAAAAAUGCCGUCAUAGACAUGACAAUAACAAAAGUUAUAUGAAAAAUAUGUUGAUAUAUGAUUAUUUAAGGGAGAAAAAUUUGUGUAACUGGUAUACCGCACACACACUAGCAUAAAGGUGCUUCACUUAUUAAUAUCAUGGCGCGGAGUCCUUCUUUUUUUACGAGUCCGUGAUGUAGGUUAAUAAAUUAUAAUUAAUAGUCGUAACUAUCUUAGGUUAUUAGGAUAAGCGUAGAAUCAGUGAAUGUAUUGUUCGAAAGCGCUUAACUAUUCUAGUAUUGAUUAUGAAUUAUUGGAUGAAAUGAUUGAUUGAAUGAUCCGAUCGCAACAGAACACACAGGCAGGUAUAUGACAGAAAGUGUAUACGAAACUAUUACAAAAUUGUUAUGAUUUGAGCGUAUGUGUGUUUGUUUGACUGUGUUAGAUUUGUUUCGUUCUAUUAUGCGCAAGAUUCCAACGAUGAAAUCAAAUGGAAAACACUAGUUUUCAUGUCUCAUCUCCAACAAUAGAUCUUUGUAUAUUGAAAUUUGUGUAUGUCCAAUGACUUAUGUCAGGUUCUCUUUAUUGUUUCUGCGUCGUAAAGAACUGCAGAUAAUUCACAUGGAACAAUGAGCAAUUUGUUAAAUAGAUUAUAUACGACCUCCAUCCUUCUUGCCAUAUACAUAGUGUUGUAGGCUUUAGGUAUUACCUACAUUUAAAGGAGUCCUUCCAAUAUUAUUGAACAAUAAAACAAUUUUUUUACUACUAUUUUAUAUUUUCAUUAGUUUUUCGUGUUAAAGUUGUCAUGACUUCGUUUCAACUUCCGUUGUAUCCUUAGAUCUAAGUAAUCGAUCAAUUUUAUCUUUUAAAUGUAGCUAUGUAUGUAUGUACCUAUUUUGAGUAUAGUAAUUAAAUUGUAUUCUAAAUUUAAGCGAAUGUAAAUAAAUGUGAAAGUUUUAUGUCGCCCGUUAUAUUUUUGUUCAUAUUAUUUUUCUUUAUGUAUUUAUGUGACGUGCGGUGUUCACUGGAAUCUAUUUGUUAAAUUUUGACGCCGUAGACAUCGUUAAAUUAUUGUUUUAUAGGCGUUGUGGCAAGCAAUUUAUUAUAUUCAUACUUUUUUUUAUUUGUUUUUUGUUGAAACAUUAAACCAGUUUUAGAUAUCUUUGUGAAUUGUGAACAUACGUACGGAACCCUGUGACUGUCGUGUUAAUAUAAGCAAAUAGAUGGGUGAUUGUAUAUGGAACCCCGCAUUCAUAUUGUAAUAUUAAUUUCGAACAUUCAAGAGAAUAAAGAGUUAAUAAACAAA